GGCAACAACUCCUCCGCCUGGCGAGCUUUCAGACGAUGGCAGCUUGACGAAGGAGGAGCAAGAGCUCUUGGAGGUGGAGAAAUUGAUCGUGAAAAAGUGCCAGAAAAGGUUAAAUACCUAGAAGAUAUGGAUGCACAGCAGCGAUGGACGCAGCUGGAGGCUCUUCUCGCGAAAUCGGCUGAAUAUUCGGCAAUUCUUCACCAUCAAAUGUCACUCGUCAAGGCAAAAUCAAAACGACAGAAACCUGCUUCUGCUCGAAGAGGAAGACCUGCAAGAGGAAGCGGAACCAAACGUGGUCGGGGCGGCAGGCAACCUCCAGCGAAGAGGCGAAAGAAGCUUGUAGAAAGUGACUCAGAGUCGGAAGAAGAAAUGAAGCAACACGAUCAGAAUGAAGUCAAGGAAGAAGAGAGUUUCCAACAACCUGCUCUUGUGACAGGUGGUACACUUAAAGAUUACCAACUAGAAGGCGUAGCUUGGAUGGCUUCAUUAUGGGAGAACGGGAUUUCCGGUAUUCUUGCGGAUGAGAUGGGUCUUGGCAAGACUCUCCAAACCAUUUCUUUCUGUGCAUUUCUUCGCGAACGAACAAGUACACCCUUUCUCGUUGUUUGCCCACUGAGCGUAUUGCAUAAUUGGGUAGAUGAAUUCGCAAGAUUUGCUCCAAAGAUCCCAGUGGUUAUGUAUCACGGCUCUCCUGAACAUCGGGCUGAUCUACGCCGCAAUUUAAUGCCUCGCCCUGACGACGACAUUGAUGAUGACGAAAAGCCUCCUGUGGUCGUCACAACGUACGAAAUGAUAAUUAGGGAUCGUAAAGUGCUCGAGAAGUACACUUGGUCUUUCAUUGUUGUCGAUGAAGGACACCGGUUGAAGAACAUGAACUGCAAAUUAAUGCAGGAGAUUAAAAAGUACACAAGCGGUGGGAGGAUGGUUCUCACUGGCACGCCGCUACAUAAUAACUUGGCUGAGCUUUGGUCUUUACUUAAUUUUGUCCUACCUGAUAUAUUUACGGAUCUGGAAACGUUCCAGCAAUGGUUCAAUAUUCCGACACUCAGUACCACUUUAACUUCCGAGCAAACUGGGAAGCUCGUAUCGACACUACACUCUAUUCUGAAGCCAUUCUUGCUUCGUCGACUCAAGGCCGAUGUCGAGUACAACCUUCCACCCAAGAAAGAAUACGUCCUUUACGCUCCAUUGACCGAAAAGCAAAAGUCUGUCUAUGAGUCGGUCGUGAACGGCGAUCUUCGGAAAUAUCUGAUUGAAAACAAGCAGCAAAUGACGGAGGAAGAGAAACACGCAGAAAAACAGCGCAAAGAGAAGGAAAAGGAGAGAAUGCUCUCUGAGGGACGAAAGCUCCGUGUGAGAGGAGUGAAGCGAACAUACGACGUCGACGGAAGUGAUAAAGAUUACUUCAAGAGACUGGAGUCCGGUGAGUUUGACCAGAUGGGACCUUUCGUACGGCAGAAGGAGGAUACUGCACUCGAGCUUGGUAGACAAUAUCACCAUCGGAAAGCUGUUACGCAAGUCAACAAUCUCCACUUGCAAAAUGUGGUGAUGCAGCUCCGAAAAUUGUGCUCACAUCCUUUCUUGUUUGACUGGCCUGUUGACCCAGCGACGGGUGAAGAAGUCAUUAAUGAGGAGCUCGUCGGGGCAAGUGGAAAGAUGCUUAUUCUCGAUCGCCUCUUGACGGAGCUGUUUAAACGCGGGCACAAGGUGCUUCUGUUUAGUCAGUUUACGACUAUGCUCGAUAUCAUUGAGGCAUGGGCUACGGAAUUCAAGGGCUGGAACAUCUGUCGUAUCGACGGGAGUUACGGACCCUCGCAGCGACGCGACGAAAUGAACCGAUUCCAGAAUGGUGGAGACGAUCCUGAGGCACCUCGACUCUUCCUCCUAAGUACACGUGCUGGCGGCUUAGGGAUCAAUCUGACCGCCGCCGACACAGUCAUCUUCUACGAUCAGGAUUGGAAUCCUCAAAUGGACAUGCAAGCACAAGAUCGUGCGCACCGAAUUGGUCAAACCAAGCCUGUCCUUAUCUUCCGCCUCGUGACAGCACAUACAAUUGAGCAAACAAUCAUGCAGCGAGCGACUGAGAAGCGCAGGUUGGAGGCGCUCGUCAUUGCGAAAGGUAAAUUUAAGGUUCCUGGAUCCUUGGUCUCGAGAGGGACAGGCAGAGAAAAGGAAAACCUCGCAGACCUCGCUGCAACUCUCCUCAAACUCGAAGGCGAGAAGAUCAACGUCGUGCCGAACACAGAAGCGGGGAAGACGAACGUUCUGAGUGACAAAGACCUGAACGUCCUACUCGACCGCAGUCCCGAAGUAUUCGCUGACAGAGUCAAGGGAUGGACGUCUGCGGAUGCAGACGCAAAGAAGCCAGGAGAGAUGAAAGUGGAGAAAGAAGGCAAGACGAAGGCUGCAUUCGCUGUGUACGAGGCUGCUGCGGACGAGGGGAACGAUGCGUUGGCGAAUAUGCUGGGAGAGGGAGAAGGAGAGGAGUCGGAAGAUGCAGAACAAGAUUAAGAAAAAAAGCCACUGGUUUUGUCUGUCCGUUUCUUGCUGUUUGUAUGCUGUCCGUAC